UCAAUCUACGUCAGUUGCGUUAUGCAAAUGUUAAAGUUAGCUUAUAAUAAUAAUAAAUAAAUAGUUGAUAAUUCUUCGAAAUAGUGAAAAUGAUUAGGGAGUUGACGUUGGUGUUACUAAUUGGACUUUCUUGUGGAAAGCCCGUGAGUAAAACGACCAGUUUACAUGCUGCUUAUCCCACGAUUUCUACUCCCCUUGGGGACAUCCAAGGUGCGAGUAUGACCUCAAGAGAAGGAAAAUAUCUCAUUGCAUUCAGGGGAAUCCGAUACGCCAAGGCUCCUUUAGAUGAGCUGAGAUUUAAGCCUCCGGUUGAUCCUGAAAAAUGGGAAGGCGUUUAUAAUGCUACUCAAGACGGAAUCGCCUGUUCCCAACCAGAUAUUCCAAAUUCGGGAGAAGAUUGUCUACUCCUUAACGUCUACAGUCCUAAAGUGCCUAAAGGGAACGAUAGUCCGAAAAAACCUGUGUUGGUAUUCUUCCAUGCAGGUGAUUUCACUGAUCAAUCAUCCAUAAGCAGUUUGUUAGGUCCCCAAUAUCUGCUUGACCAGGAUUUAGUUUUGGUCACGGCAAACUAUAGGCUUGGUAUAUUCGGAUUCAUCAAUACAGGAGAUAAAGAAGCGACUGGUAAUUACGGCUUAUUGGAUCAACUGGAAGCUCUAAAAUGGGUGAAAGCAAACAUUGCUGCAUUUGGUGGAAAUCCGGAUAGUGUCACAAUUGCUGGUUCAGGAUCAGGUGGUUUCAGCGUUUCAUUACAUUUAGUUUCACCAUUAUCUAAAGGUUUAUAUCACAAAGCGAUUAUCGCAAGUGGCUCAGCGUAUGGCAACAUUCCCAUUCUUAAUAAUCAGCUCAAUUUAGUUAAGAAGGUUGCAAAAAAGUUGAGUUGUGCCGUUGAGAAUAACGCAGAUAUGAUGAAAUGUCUGAAAGAGAAACCUGCCAAGGAUCUUGCUGCAACCAAUUCCGAAUUAAGAGAAAUUGUAAAAGAUCCUCAUUAUACGUGGCUUCCAACAAUCGAACAAGAUUUUGGGCAAAAUCGCUUUUUGACUAUGCAUCCACUAAGUCUGCUCAACCAUGGACAAGUUGCGAAUGUGCCAAUAAUGAUUGCACAAACUAAUGAUGAAUUUGGAUUCAAAGCUUUCAAUGUUAUCUUGAAUGAAACGUUAUUGCAAGAAUACGACAAAAACUUCGAAAAAAUGGCGCCUAUUUCCUUCAUUUACGAAAGAGAUACCGACAAUUCUAAGGUGAUUUCGAAAGCACUGAGGACCUUUUACUGGGAAAGCGGGAAAAUUGAUAACACGACUUUACCUAAAAUCGCCGAAAUAUACUCGGAUGCCCUUGCAGGUUUUGCAGUUAACAGAGCCGCAAAUAUUUUAUCAGAAAAAGUUAACGAAUCAGUAUAUUAUUACAAAUUUAACUUUAAAGGAAAGUUAAGUAAUUAUUAUUUACCUGAUACCAACAACACUUCUCCAUAUGGAGUUGUGCAUGGUGAUGAUUUAAUUUAUUUGUUCCACAACAACAAAUUUACUGAUUUCAAAGAAAACGAUCCGGAAACGACGAAUUUACAGAAGAUGGUUAUGAUUUGGGGAAAUUUCGUUACUUCUGGCAAACCAAUACCAACAGUCACUGAUAUCUUAGAUAAUGUAAAGUGGGAGCCUUAUACCACGAAGAACAAGAAGUAUAUGGAUAUUGGGAAUAAGAUGGUCAUGCAUGAGAACCUGAAUGAGAAAAGGUACGCCGAAUGGGCGAAGCUGUUCCCUCUUAACAAACACUCAGCUGCUCACUCCGGCUGAAUUUGGAACAAAUAUAAAUUGCUAAAACGAAUCUGUAAAUUAAUGUAUGAUAAAUAUUUAGAUAUAGGUCGGCAAUAAAGAAAAUGACAAAAAAAAUAAA